AUGACCAUCCCCAAUCAGGACUGCCUGUCACAGAGUGUCACAUCUCCAUUCGCCAGGGAACUACUAGAUUACGAAAUCCCAAACACAGUAAAGCUCCUUAACUUGAAAACUUACAACGGCGCCAUCAAUCCGGAAAGUCACAUUGACACCUAUGAAUGGAAAAUGACGUCGUUAAAGGUAGACAAGCGUUUCUGGUGCACAUACUUUCCAACGAUACUAGAUGGAAAUGCGGGCACGUGGUUCAUGACGUUGCGCACAGGCAACAUUUACAACUUUGUCCAACUCAAGUAUCUUUUCCUCACCAACUUCAUGCAACUGCGAAAGUACAAAGUCAAUUCCCAUUCCAUCAUCGGGUGUAAGAAAAAGGAAGGGGAAAGCGUAAGAGAGUAUUUCACAUGGUUUACAAAUGCCACGCUAGAUGUGUCGGGUCAUGACGAGGGUCUUAUAGUCGGCGCCUUUACAUGCAGACUUCUCCCUGGCCCUCGGUCACAAAAACUCAUGGGCAAAAAACCACAGACAAGAUCUGAGUUAAAGGAGAGGGUGGAAACAUAUUUAAGACAGGAGGAAGGCGAAGCAGCAAAAAAAGCAUACUUAAACGUCAUGACUGUCAAGCGUUCUAACCCAUCCUACUCAGAAACAUCAGGGGACGCAGGCACUUUGGACGAGGGAAGAGACCACUAUGCCACUUCAGGCUGUUCGUUAAGGUUGACAGACGGGGUCGUCGUCCAUAUGUAUAUGUGGUCGCAGACAAGCAGCAAGAGAGAACCCCAAAAGGACGGUACUGCGAAUACCACAAAAGCAGAACACAUGACACUACCAACUGUUCAACCCUUAAAAAAGAAAUGGAGGAAAAAAAAGAUCAAGGGAGAUCUUGUGGAGGUAGCACAUAGCCUGCGUGCCAAGUUUGACAUAGAAAACGCCAAGGGAGCUCCGAAAGAAGGUACCCAACCCAAAGAAAUAUUCAUGAUUCGAGCCAAGAGAAGCAGACAUGAGGGACCUGCACAUCAAGAGAACCUCACGCCCAUGACACAGGAGCACACAUUUUCAGCACAAGAUCCCAGACCCGAAGGUUGGACAGGUGAUAACCCUCUCAUAAUACAGACCUCUAUUAAAUACGUGGUCAUACACAGAGUAUAUGUUGACACAGGUAGCUCCGUAGACAUUAUCUACGAUCAUUGCUUUAGACUCCUUCCAGACAGGUGGAAAAACGGCUUGAGACCCACAAUGAGAAGGUUAGUUGGAUUCACGGGACACAGUUUAUGGCCGCUAGGCAUGAUCCACCUCCCCCUUACGCUGACUAGUCAUGACAAGCAACGAAGGAAAAUAGUCCUAGUCGAUUUCGUCGUAAUCCGACAUUCAGCAGAGCAUAAUAUCAUUAUGGGAAGGCCAGCCUUGCUCAAAUUAGGCGCGAUUCCGUCCACAAUGCAUGGGAUAGUGAAGUUGAACACUAUCGGAGGCCCGGCCAUGAUCCUGGCCACACAACCAAGAAAGCUACAGUGCUUUACGAUUAUGCAACCAGCCGAGAUAACGAGAGAAACCAAAAAAGCACGGGGCAAAUCGGCAUACGAGAAAGAAGUGAUCAACGAUGAACACUCUGAUCAAACAACCAGCAUCGGUGGCAACCUUCCAGGGCACACCAGGCGUGCACUCAUCGACCUCCUCAGGAGAUACAAGCACAUAUUCGCGUGGACUCCCACAGAUAUGGUAGGCGUAGAGCGGAAAAUCAUCGAACAUAAGCUCAUGAUUAAACCAGGUACAAAGGAAAUUAAACAUAAAAAGCGUGUCCAGGGGGAGAUCGUAAUAGGGCGAUUAAUGCGGAGGUGGCAAAGCUGA